GGUGUAGAACUCCAGGAAGCGGUAGAUUGCGUUGGAGAGAAGGCUUCCUGUUUUGUGCUGUGAGACAAACAGGCAGACGCAUAUCACAGUAUCCCUAGUAAAUUAGGGGAAAGUAAUAUAUCUAUAUAUAAGGUACCUCAUUACAUCUGGGGAAGUAAAAUAACAAAAACUACAAAAGCUCUAUUAUAUUUUCCGGUUUUCAAAAAAUAGCUGCACAUUUUCGCUAGUUUUUUUGUUCAGUAUUCGUCGAUUAAAAAUAAUAAUAAUACAAAAAAAGUUGGUAAGAAAUUAAUUUGCACUUGAGGCAUUGAUAAUGGGGGCUCACAGAAACGAAGGGCGAAGAGACUGGCUCCAGGACGAUGCUGUUGAACAGCAGGUGACCGUGAACCCGUGGAAUAUCAUGAUCAAACACAGGCAGGUUCACCGCAGGGGUCGACGCUCACAAAUGACUGUCAGUUUUACAGACCCCGUGAUCUCCAUGGACUUACUGCGAGCGGUCCUGCAGCCCAGCAUUAACGAGGACAUCCGAGCGGUCUUCAACAAGUACAUGAAGUUCUUCCAGAAGGCAGCGUGCAACGUGAAGGAGAACGUAGGGGACGAGGUGCAGCCCGAGCAGUUGAUACGGGAGGCCUGUCAGAACUGUCUGGAGCAGGCCAAACUGCUGUUCACAGAUGGGGAGAAGCCUGUGUCCAAGCCUGCUCUGGAUCUCCCAGGGCCCAAGCGCGUCAGGCAGAUGGAAGACGAGUCCAGUCAGAGAGCGAGCCCUGUUCCUAAAAAGAGGAAAGGACGUCCUCCAGGACCGGUCAUUCCCUACGAUCGACCGGCUUCCACCAGCUCCAUGUCGAAGGCCAAGGUGGCAGAGGUUAUAAAGCGAGAAGGUCCAAAGUGGGACCCGGCCAGGCUGAAAGAAAGCACCACCUUCGUACUGGGCUCUCGUGCAAACAAGGCACUGGGAAUGGGUGGCACGCGAGGCAGGAUCUACAUCAAGCACGCAGACCUCUUUAAGUAUGCAGCAGAUCCACAGGAUAAGCACUGGUUAGCAGAUAGACAGCACAUGAGGGCCACUGGAGGGAAGAUGGCCUAUCUCCUUAUUGAAGAAGAUGUCCAAGACUUGGCACAAAGUGAAGACUACAGGGACUGCCCGGAUCUGAAGCUGGAUGAGCUGAAGCCGUUUGCCGUCCCUAUCUGGAUGAUUGAGAAGAUGCAGAAGUCGAUGGAUGGGAUGCGAUCAGAGAGGGAAUAGCUGGGGGUUCAGGGGGCUGUGUAGCUCAUGCGUUCCUCUCAAGCCAGAGACGUGUGAUAAUAAAGCUACAUCAACUGUCGUUCACCUUGAGUCUCACUUUAUGUGUUAGCCAAGACCUUCAUUACUGCAGAAAAUAAAUAAAAAAUAAUAAUAAAUUAAAGUAAUUUCAGUCCAGGUGGGAUAGGUAGGCAGCCUUGACUCUGCAGUCCAUUCCAUUGCAGGGCUUUGCUGUAGAUCCUUCAUUAGUUAAUUGACCCUGCUAACGAUGAGUUCAGUUUUUAAAGAUCUGGUUGGAAUGGAUUGUAGGACAGUGCUCUUCUCAUAGGGUACACAGGGCUGUGAAGACAGAGAGGACUGAGAAGCCCCCACAGAAAGAGAAGAUAAAACAAUGUUUACCCAGCCCAGACCCCCAGGGCUCCCCAGCUACACAGCUGGGAUUCAAGAGCCAGGAGAUUUCGAUUCCCAGUCUGUUAGAACCACUGGGUCUAUCCCCUGAUGCGCUACGAUUGCUCGGCUCAAGAGCGUAGAUUAAACCUGCUGUGAUGGAGAAUUAAACAAAAACACAAGGUGCUACUGUACGUUUCCAAAUGCACAGAGCAGGCAUUUUGAAUGAAAAUGAACUGCAAACUAUUGUGUUAAUGAAUGGAAAGGCUGUGGGGGGAGGUAUCGCUUGCAUUUUUAUUUUAUUUUUUUUUCAACUUGAAAUAAAAGGCUAGGUGCGUUAUAUCAUCAACAAACAUUUUGCUGUUUUUUAAAAAAAAAAUGUUAUCCAGUAUUUGGUCACAGCUGUCACUACGAAUCAGUUGAUGCUGUGAAGAUCAGCCUGGCAACAUACAGUUAGCAAUGUGAAGAAUAUCGUUUGAAACUUUUCUUAUAGCAUUCUCCAGUCUUCGUUUUGUAAAUGGUAAUAGCUUUAAAAUAAAAAUAAUUGAAAGUGUACUGAGUGAAAGCUGUACAUACACUGUAUUCGAUAGUAUUAAAGUUUAUUGUGUACACGAA